AUGGUUAAAUUAGAUUGGCCACCUCCUUUUCAAGAUUAUGGCGAUCCAUAUAUUCACAUUUUAGGCUUUUCUAGUGUUAAUGGUGUUAUUUGUCUCUACAAUAGGAUUGACUAUGAUGAUACAACAACUGUGUUAUGGAACCCUUCCACCGGAGAAUUCAAAACCAUUCCUCACAAUCUUCAACCAAACGAAAAUAUUGAGUUUAACCUUACACCUAGUGCAUUUGGUUAUGACUCUAUUACAGACGACUAUAAAGUGAUUCAUGCACUUCAAUAUCCCGAAGACUUUGAAGGUAAUUGGGUUUUUGUGCGCAAUAAGGCUAGUUGGUUCUGGGAGCUGAUUGGGUUGAAGAAUGACGACGAUGAUAAUUUUUGGGAUAGGUUUUUUAACGGACAAGAAGUACCGAUGUAUGACCCUUUUUGGGAGAUAUAUAGCCUCAAAAGUAACUCUUGA